CCACAAGGUUAUAUUUCCAUUUCCCUAGCGCAGAGUUAUGCAAAAGCAAACAAAUGAACACAACCACUAAGGAACAGGACAUCGGAGUGUGGCAGAGCAGCUCUGGUGGGUGAAGAAGCCUGACCGCCUCAUCAAAAUGAGCAUCCUUGGCAAAUUUAAGAGCACGAUCAACAGACCACAGCCACCACCUCGGGCAGGAGGCAAAGGCACCAGUGACUGGCCUGCAGAGGACUAUGAUGAGGAUGAUGAUGGUGACACCUAUGAACCUCCUCCAUCUGAGAGACAAACAAUGAAAAUGGCCCUUCCAACAUCAGAGGAAGACAACAUCUACCUGGACACAUUGGAUCCAAGCAAGCCCCCGCCUCGUCUUCCAAAGAACACAAGACCUUUUUCUCCAUUAGCUUCUAAGGGCAGAAUCACUCAUUCCAGCAUGGGGCCAGCUCCAAAGAAUCCACCGGUAGAAAACCUUUCUGAAUCUGAUGAAGAUGUCUACCUCAUCCCCUCCGAAGAUCAGACUGAAGAAGCAGGUUGGAGUCAGCCUAUGGCAGCCUGUCCACCGAUUGUACACAGAACCCAUAAGCCUCCGAUGUCUUCUGCCAUCCCGAUACUCCCAAUCAAGAGCAGCUCUUUAGUGAAGCCACCACUGCCAAGAAUGAUGUCGACCGAUGUCAGUUCUUCUCCUCCAGAUCAUGAAAAGGGAAGAAGAUCCUCCUGGCCAGUGAAACCAGCACCCCCUCCGCCACAGGUCAAGCCUAUAAAACUUGUCAUGCCCAGGUAGCACAUCUUCUCCUAC